AGAAAGUGUUUUCUCUUGGAUCCUCCUGGAAUGGUUGCCAUGUCCUUGCUGUUUUGUUACUGAUUUUUUUUCAACGUGUGAUUUUUUGGAGUGCUGUACUUUGUUUUGUUUUGUUUUGUUUUGUUUGUUUUUAAUCUUGGAUGCGGAAUUUGUGGUUGCGUGUACUUGUCGUUAGCUUCGUUGCUGUUAGUAUUUUAUAUUUAACGGGAGCUACAGUCUUAUUCUGUACCCAAUUUGGUCUCUUCCUCUUAGCCUUGACAUGUACGUCACCGUGGCAGUUGAUUUCAUAUGUCUGCCUGUGGGUUUCGUGUGUUGUGCGGUCUGUAUGGUGGAUUUGUGGAUUGGGCUGUCUUCUAUGCGUCUGCCAGAAAGUUUCUUGACGAGUUGUUGGAAAAGUCCCAUCAUUGAGUAUCUGCUUUCGGUCACUGUUCUUGGUAUACCACAGCACGGGUUGCAUUAACAGCCUCCUCCCCUUCCUGUACCCGCGGUCGUUUUUGGCUAAGGACUAGAUCGGACAAGCGAAGAUGGCAACACCCGCCACAGCCAUGAGCUUGUUACACAGCCAUACCAUGGUGGGAUUCCAUCGGAGCAAGCACGGACCCUGCACUUUCAGUUCCGCACGUAACUCGCUCUUGAGAACCGCAGUUUUGGGUGGCGGCAUGGUCAGUCGGUGUGCGCCUCCUCUUGUUCCCGCCAAAUCAACAAGCUCAAGAUCUUCCACGAGACGAAACUCGAGCAUGUCUUUCAACAAUGGAAGCAUGGCGGAGAAUUUCAGUGAAAAUGAUGAGGAUUACGCUGAUUCUACAAUCGUGGAAGCUCUGGAAGUUAAGAGCGGGCCUGAUGGCUUCAUCAUCAAGAUGCGGGACGGGAACUUGGUCAAGUGUGUGCACAAUAAACCAGCCGAGAGAGGCAAACUCCCCGUCUAUGCUCCGCAACCGGCCAUCGUCCUACAAUUGAACGAUGGCUCUAACCUUAUGCUCCCCAUUAUUGUGCUUGAGCUACCCAGCAUAAUGCUCCUGGAGGCUGUAAGAAAUGUAAAUAUUUCCCGCCCGACUGUAUACCAAGUCAUGAGCAAGAUGUUGGAAGUGUCGGGAUACAAAGCGAAGGUUGUCCGGGUGACCAAGCGUGUCAAUGAAGCUUACUUUGCCAGGGUUUAUCUCGUCAAGGACGGAGACGAGACCACCACUGUGAGCCUCGACAUUCGUCCCUCGGACGCCAUCAACCUCGCCGUGCGAUGCAACGUCCCCAUUCAGGUUAACAAGGAGCUAGCUCUAGGGGACGGUGUUCGCGUUGUAAGUGAGCCCGAGAAGCUUCCAUCGAGCAUCGUCACCAAAAAUGGGCAAGUCAUAACUGACAUGGACAAGGCACUUGCAGGAGACUGUCAAGAUGCCAAAGAGUUCAUCAUCAUCCGAAACAUGUAUAUUGCAGCUGUGGAAGAGAGGUUUAUUGAUGCAGCUAAGCUGCGAGAUGAGCUCCACCAAUUCAGGAACAAUCAAAGGUGAUUGAUUGAUGAGGUCAUCCAAUUUGUAGGUUGAGUAUUAGAUCUGGCAGACGACCAAUUGAUGAAGCCUGAAUUGUGGCUUUAUAGUUCUCGUUUGAUAGCAUACAUCAAGUCCCUGGAUAAUGUGCUCCACGCCGUAUUAACCUCCCUUGCUCUUGAGCGUGGCGUUUGCUCAAGCAACAUCAAUCAUGUACAAACAUGGGUAUUCUUCACCGACGGAGCUGCUAAGCUUGCCAAGGCCAGGCAGAAUCAAGCUUCAUUGUAUACGGCAGCCCGCCAUGCUUCUUCAACGCUAUGCCGUCUUCUCCACCUUAAGGAUCUUAUUCAUCAUCCUGCUCAACUUAUCUGCUGAGUCAACUUGCUGUGCUCAAUUGCAGUCUAGAAUAGAGUCUUAGGCUUUACCUGUACAUAUGUUACAUAGACUAAAUCCACUCAGAUUAUUAGACCUGCCGUUAUAAGAGCCUCGGGUACAGCGAGUAAGAUGUGGGGCCUUUCAGAUCAUCAUUGUCUAUAGUAAAUAGUGUAAAUCUUAUGGGGGCUUGUGUAUGUUUCACUGCAAGGUAGUCAUCCGUAGAUUUGUUGCAAGUGCUCAUCUGAAUUGAUCACUUCCACGCAUGUGUUGAUUUGCCACUAUUUUACAGAGAGCUCUAGGGGGAGUUCGGUCAAAUUGAAGUCUCGAAAAGUGAGGCGUUAUUUGGACACAAUAGUACUAUUCUUAUUUGCAUUUUUUCAUGUGAUGGCAGCUA